UCUUAGUCAAACACAUCCACCACACUGCAUGUCUUCACAUCUAUAAAUUGAUUUCUCUCAUCACUAGUUCCUUCAUCUCUCCAAAGCCAAAAGGUCUUUGGUGUGGCCUCACUCAUGGAAGUGUUUAACCCAGUUGAAGGCAAGACCUAUAAGCUCCCUGUUGGGUACAGGUUCGACCCCACCGAUCCAGUUCUCGCAGGCUACUACCUCACGAAGAGGCUCAGGGGACACCCUCUCCCCAAUGGACUCAUUCUAGACUAUGAUGUUCACCAGACUGAGCCUUGGGAGCUCCCAGGAGGUGGGAAGUUCAUGAAUUGGCAGAAGUUUUUCUUCUACAAUGUGAAGGGCCUAAACCCUGAGAAGAGAGAUGCUGGGAAAGGGCAAUGGGAAAUGGUGGAGAAAGAUGAAGAGGUUGAGUUUUAUGACGAACAACUCGCACCACUCACUGCGAAGAAGAGUGUUCUGGUUUUCUGGAAAUCCAAGGGUAACUCUCUUGCCAAAACAAAAUGGGUGAUGCAUGAGUUUCGUCUUGCCCUAAAGUCAAAUCCAUCAAAGAUGUCAGCCAUGGGUGUGUGCCGCAUAUUCGAGAGGAAAACUUCAAAGCGGGCAAAGAGAGCAAGAGUGAGUACUGAAGGGGUGAGCAAUGCUGAAGAAGCUAUGGAAGUCAUUGAUUUCACAGUGGAGUGUGGCACUGAGACUAGUCCUCCUCCUCCUCCUGGGACCCCCUAGUGAAACUGCAUAGUGUAGUUAGAUUUUAAGUUGCUCCAAAAAUCUUUCCUAAGAUUUCAAUUGUGAAGCCCCAUAGGCACCAAAACAGCUUUUAUCCAUCUUUCUGGUGUGCAUGAUCUUGUGUAUAUUGGAGUUUGUUUUGUGUACGGGCUCAUAAAUUUACUUAAUAAGAAGCAACUGUUUAUUAUUCA